AUGUUUGGCGGUAGUUCUUCCAGUUUGGAGGAACUGAGACACGAGAUCUUCAAGAUGAUUGAGUACACCUUUCAGGUCUUCACCAUUGGGACGACCAUUUAUGGCAAUUGCUCGAGUAGGGUGGAAAAGCUUAUCAACUGGACCGCACCUCUUAAAAACUGGAUCAAGAUCAACACUGAUGGCACUUCUUGGGGUAGCACUGAGAUGGCUUGUGCGGGUGUCAUUGGCCGGGACAGUAACGAUUUGCAGAUCUGUUAUGAUCCUUUUUGUGUGUGCCUUGAUUCUUUUUCAAAUGAUAGCUUGGAUCUUCGAAGGAACAUAGAAAAUCUGGAGAAAAAUAGUGUCACUAGUCUGAGGACAUUGGUCAACAUUGGCUCAGAGGUGUACCUGCAAGCCGAUGUUCCAGAUACACAAUGCAUAUUUGUGGAUAUUGGUCUAGGGUUUCAUGUGGAGUUCACCUGGUCAGAGGCACUAAAUUACAUAUCACAAAGGGAGGAAAAGUUAGCCAGGCAAAUAGAGGAGUAUACUCGUCUUAUUGCAUCAAUCAAAGCCCAGAUCAAGCUGGUUUGCGAAGGAAUCCGAGAGUUGCUUGAGCUUCCAGCAGAGAAACCUCUGCCAGAACGCAUAUUUUGAAGUUUGAUCAUUUGAAGCAUGUGCACACAGUUAUUUAUAUAACUAGCGGGUCUAAAAUAUCUAUAUAUUUAUUUUUGGGAACAAAAAUAACGAAAGUAGGGUUUUAAUUUACUAUAAUUAGUCUUAAUCCUUCUUGAAGCUGCAAACGGUGGUGGGGUGUAGUCACGUCUAGCAGCCUGAGAAUGUGACAGUACAAACAAGAAUCUGAUGGUUUAUUUAUGAGGGUGGGAUGAGAUGGGGAAUUGGAUUGGAUUGAGGGGACCCACAAUACAACACAAGUCGUCUUGUUUCUUGAUGGGCUGCUUGUCGUACUUAAACGGGCCGUAUCGAUUGAAAACGAGUUGGGAAUAUCAAUUCCAUCGCCGACAAAA